UGAUAAAGUAAACCCUUGCGAUUCGAUCAGUGACUCACUAAAACGUUCGAGAUAAACUUAUAAAUACGUAUAAUUGGACGAGAGGUACCUUAGGGUAUAAGUAAGAUUUAAGUGCAACGGGUUCCUGGAGCAUAGCAUCUUGGGCGUUGCUGGCUGUUAUCUGGGUUAAUCAUGUCGCCUUUCAACAUCGAGAAAUGUGCGAGACCUAACAUAUUGGCCCUGGAGCCAUAUCGAUGCGCACGAGACGACUACAAGGACGACGGCACAAACAUUCUCCUUGACGCCAAUGAGAAUGCAUGUGGACCGUCGCUAACUCCAGCCGCUGUGUCAGCGGCGUCAAAAUCUGGAGUGGAUAUUGACUUUCUGGGCUUGCACAGGUAUCCGGACCCCCAUCAGCGGGAUCUGAAACAGUUGCUGUGCAACUUGCGCAACACUCACCACCAUACUGAUAAGGCCAUCACCCCGGACAACCUGUUCGUCGGCGUGGGCAGCGAUGAGAUCAUCGAUGCGCUGCUAAGAUGUUUCUGCAUCCCCGGCAAAGACCGAAUUGUGGUGAACCCCCCGACGUACGGUAUGUAUUCCGUGUCGGCAGAGGUAAACGAUGUCAGACUGGUCAAGGUCCCUCUACUACCAGCGCCGACCUUCGGGCUCGACGUCGCUAAGGUGAACGAGGCGCUGUCAACCGAGGAAAACAUCAAGAUGGUUUACAUAUGCUCCCCUGGAAAUCCCACCGGCUCCAUAAUAGCCAAGGAGGACUUAAGGCAGAUCUUAGAACACCCGACGUGGAACGGUGUUGUGGUUCUGGAUGAGGCUUACAUCGACUUUGCGCCAGAGGGAUCGUCGCUGGCGGAGUGGGCCGCUGAAUGGCCUAAUCUGGUCGUCAUGCAAACGCUCUCUAAGGCUUUUGGUAUGGCGGGUAUCCGACUUGGCGCUGCCUUUACAUCACCGCCCAUUGCGCGCCUUCUUAAUAACCUUAAGGCUCCGUACAAUAUCUCUAGCCCAACUAGUGCGCUUGCAUCUUAUGUCGUUACUGGAGAUGGACUCGCGGUUAUGCGCGCGAACAGGGAGAAACUAGUUCAACAACGGAAUAGGAUGGUCGCGGAGCUACCUAAGAUCAAGGGAAUAGGACGUCUACGCGGUGGUGUAGCGAGUAACUUUUUAUUAUUCGAAAUGCUCAAUGCGAGCGGCGAGCCGGAUAACACGGUCGCGCUGGCAGUGUACGAGACACUGGCUGAGAACAAGGGCGUGGUGGUCAGGUUCAGGGGUAAGGAGCAUGGAUGUCUUGGGUGCUUACGGAUCACGGUUGGCACAGAGGAAGAGGUCACGAGAUUCCUAAAGGCUAUAGAACAGGCGCUUGCUGAAGUUAAUGGGGGUAAGACGGCAGUACCAGCGGACGAGGCGAAGAAGGAAGCUCAGGCAAACGGUGUUCUGGGUUGAAUUAGAUAGGGGAAUGGCUUUUAAAAAGGUUCUAAAUAGAAAAUGGGAGAGGUGUGUUUAUAGAUACAUAAAUGGAAUACUACGAA